AUGGAUGAAGUUGACAUGAUGAUUUUGUAUUGCUCUUAUGGAUUCUUUUUUAUUGUGACUAUUUUUGUGUUUGUGAGGCUUUAUUUUAAAAGAAGGCGGAAUAUGAUAGGUGAAGAUUUGAGAAAUCAAACAAACAUUUUUACAAUAAGUUCAUCACCAACUACAAUAAAUACAAUUGACAAGCCUCCGUCAUAUGAAGAAGUACUCAAAUCUCAAGAUCCACCGACAUAUUAUGAAGUUGUCAGUGAAAGAAAUCCUCAAGAAGAUACCAGAAAGUAUUGAAAUGAUUUCAGAAAAAUAUUUCUUGAAAGUUAAUCGAUCAGGAGACAAAGAAUCAAAUAUCAAAGGAUUGAAUAAUUUUGGUUGUUGUCUUAGAAGAAGCUGUUGAAGGAUUUACAAAAACUAUGUAAAUGAAAGAAUCUCGAAUAUUUAAACGACCACAAAAAUCUAACGAAAGAUAUGUUGUGGAUUAAU